CUUUGACAUGACUCUACCGGAAGCCCGAGUCAUUUUAUUUCCGGUGCUAACUUUUAACAUUGUUUUCUCAAAAUCAGGAAGGAUGUUUCCCAUGGACAGGUCUCUGGUCUCAGGGCGAGAUCCAGCUUUUAUGGAGUGCAUCAGUACAACCAUGAGAGUCCCGGACCGGCUGAGCGUGGGACUGGAUCAGGACCAGAAUGUGAACCAGACUGAGGCCCCUCCGGUUUACAGCAUGCAAGUCCCUGACAGACUCACCUACGCAGAAGCUGCAGACUUGAGUCCCAGACCUCAGUUUCGUACAAAGUCCAAGGUCCCGGCCCUGGAAGUGUGUGUGGAGAGCCCCCUAGAGUCGCCCCAGAGAGACUCACAGCAGAAUCCCAUCCGGCGUACAAUGAGUGACCAGAGCUUUGUGAGGAGCCCCCCAGAGACCCCCUCACACAAUAGGGCUCUGGUCUUGCCCCAGCAGCAGUCCUCCUCUCGUCAUCCCGUCCAUCGCCCCCCUGUGUUGCCCCAGCCCCCUCCUGUUGUGGCCCCAGACCCCCCUCUCACCCCCCUCUCUGCUCGCUCCAUUAUGCAGAUGGGUCUACAGGCCUCACAGCGUCUCCUACAGGUCAUCAACAGCAAGUACAGGUUUAUGAGAGAAGAGUUUCCUCCUCCUCCUCUUCCUCAGACUGUGCUCAGACCAGAGACCGUCCCAGGACAGGGUCAGGUGGAGCGCAGCAGCAGAAGGGCUGGAGAGACCUGGAGCGCCGAGGAUGAGGGAGGAGCAGUGGUGGAGCUGAUUGUGCUUCGACGACAGGUGCUGAAGAUGAGUCGUCGUCUGGCUUCAUUGGAGCGUCAUAACAGCGAACGGCGGAACACAGAGUUUGUUUUGUUUUGUCUGCUGGGCUCGGCCUGCCUGCUCAACGCGUGGCUCUGGAUAAGAAGAUAACAACAACAUAGAUAGGUUUUAAUAAAAUAGACAGUUUAAAAAUGAUUUAAUAUGUAGUUAUGGUAUUAAAAUAAAGCUGUUACAGAGCCGAGGGGUGGUGACAAAACGUGUGCUUAAAGUUACAUUGUAAAAUAAGGAACAAAUCUACAUAAAUUUA